AAAAAGAGUAUGAUGAACUAUCGAUCUUAAUAUUCACUAACAAGCCAACUGCUCCGGAUUCUCAUCACACAGCCUCACCGUCGCUCCUUUCCUGGCAACGACGCCAAUCGUUCGGCGUUCGGUUGGAGUUGGUGUUGGGGUUUGGAGAAGAAUAAGGUUGUUAAAAUGUUAUAUCAAGGUCAAAUCUCAAAAGAAGAACAGCCAGUUUCUAGUCCAUCAAUUAGCAAUAACGAUGACAACCUUGAUGGUGGUGGUGUUCAGGUUACUUGCUUUAGUGAAGCCAUAAAUGAUGUCCCCAUCCAUUUUCAGAUAAUAUGUCUAUCCAAACAGAUAUAUGUAUGGAUUGGUUGCAAUUCUGCAAAAAUUGGAAAUCUGUAUGCAGCUGCCCCCACACGGCCUAACAAUACGGUGAGUGUUACUUCCAUCCUUGGAGGUUCAUCUGAUAAUACAGGAUCUAGCAUGGCUCGUCGAUUAGUGUUAAAAUCCGGUCUAAAUAUCAUCUUGGCUAGCAAUAUUCCGAAAAACAGCCCCAUGAUCGAGGUAGCUGCUGAGAAGAUAUUAGUUCAAAAGCUGGUCACUCUAGGGUACAUUAGGCCUAAAUCAGAAGGGCCAUCUAGAUAAUUGAUGCUCAUGAUUAGUCUUCUUUGCAAGAGCCAAUGAGUCAUUUGUUACUCUGGUUAUGGUGGUAGCUGCUUUCUUAUUUGCAACCUUGUGACUGAAACUUCAGGCUUGAAUCUAGGCUAGGACUUUGGAGGAGGAUAUCCGAAUCAAGGUACUCGAUGGGGUUCUAUUUUACUUUAUCUGGCUUGGAUGUUUUUUAAGGACAUUACUCAUUUUUCGUUAUAAUAUUGGAUAAAUUGAUUGCCAAAUACAAUAUGAAGGUGUAUAAAUAUGUUGUAAUUUGUUUAAUUUUCCAUUGGAAGAAGUAUUUCUAGAAUGAGCUACAUUAAGGCGCGAAAAAAAAAAAAAAAUGAUAUUUGACUCGUAAGUUGAUCUCUUUGCAUA